AUGUCUGUCCAAUCCUUUCGUGAAAUCGUCCAGAUUCCCCCCUCUACUGCUUCGGUCAAUGACUCGACUCUAAUCAUCGUUGAUGCCCAAAACGAGUACGUCAACGGAAAGCUCGCAACUGUUAACAUUGAUCAGACUCGUAAGGCCAUUGCUGAAAUUUUGCAGAAGUAUCGCUCUUCAGAACACAAUGGGAAAAAUAUAGUGCAUGUCGUCCAUCAGACUCCAGACGGAGCCCCAGUCUUCACUCCAGGUACUGCUCUGGCCCAAGAGCUUCAAGAAUUAACCCCGCAUUCUGGAGAAAAACUUGUGGUAAAGAACUUUCCGAACUCGUUUGCAAAAACUGACCUAGGCCCAUACUUACAAAGUUUGGGUUCUGUGGGAAAAAAGCUAGUUAUUGUUGGCUACAUGGCACAUAUUUGCGUUUCGACAACUACGCGUGCAGCAUCUGAACUGGGCUAUGAAGUACUUGUUGCUGAAGAUGGAGUGGGUGAUCGUGAUAUCCCUGGGGUAAAAGCUGCUAAUCUUAAGGAUGUCGUGUUGAGAGAGCUGGCUGAUGGAUUUGCUACUAUCAUCAAGGGCAAAGAUAUCGAACAGUGA